AUGGAAGCUGAGGAUGUACUUGUUGCGGCUUCGAUCAGGACUGAUCUAGCCGGCCUCGAUGAUGACCCGGAUGAUACUUCUCCAAACGCGACUAUCUGUGGCAGCAAACAUAACCUGGCCUAUGUGCGUUCACCGGAGGGUUCGCUGUUCAGUCUCAUGUCUCACGAGGCCACCACGAGCGCAGCCAACGCUGCAGCAGCCCUACUUGAGGUGAUCCGAAUCCACGAGUUGCGACUUCCACCCAACCGGUUUCCCCUCUCGUCCGCCGAACUGACCGGCGUCGUCCGGAUGGCUCUCCUACCAGUCAGUUCAAACGCUGUGCCCUACUCCCAACAGACCGUAUCCCAGCGUCAGACUAACGAACGUGCUGUGGAUACUGCUAUGAAGUUACUGGAAGUGGCUAAGAAGCACACCGUCUUCUCGGAUGUAGGCGCCCUCGAGCUGGCACGGAUCAUAUGGCAGACCAGUGGGGACGAAAUUUCCGAACGUUUCUGGUUUGUGAUUGAGUACAUGGAAUCCCUGAAGCACUUCUCUCGCCGGUGCCUCGAGCAUCCGUUUGUUGCUGAAUUUCGGAAGAUUUUGGACCUGACCCAAUCCAGCCUCAGGCAGACGGGAGCGUUUGACCGAGAUGGUGGUGGCAUGCUCUCCGGGCUGAGUGACGUUGAGAAGGACGCCUUCAACCGGCUCCAGCUCAUUCUUGUGUUGAAGAAACGCUUUUCACCAGAGGCAGAUGGAUCUCCCUCGCCAUCCUCAUCAAACACCCCCUAG